UACUCCUCACGUUGUACCGGGAUCUUUGCUUCGAUUCAAACAUUUCACAGACUGUAUAAUUUUGAAUGGAAUCAUAACACUUAUCAUUCACAAGACAGAAUGGCCAGCCUGGUUCUUCCAGCUUCCCCAAACUGGUAUUUGAGCCAAAUUAGCGAUUCAAAUCGCGGAGGGUUCUACGUUUUCGGCGCUCGGCACGAUGUUGCUAUCUUUGACACAUCCAGUGUGCCCCGAACCCCUCCACGGUAUAUCAAUUCAUUUUGUGGACAUAAAGAUCGAGUGUCAUGUGUUAAGCUUGGUCAGAUACAGAGCCAACUGAACAUUUGUUGCAGCUCAGCUGAUGAUUUGAAAGUGAAACUUUGGGAUGUCAAUACUCAGGUUGAAAUCCAGUCACACUCAGAACACAAAGACAAAAUCACAGCAUUAUCUUGGUCACGCAGUCAAACUGACCUGAUAGUCACUGGAGAUGAACGUGGGACAGUGGUUGUAUGGCGAUACCGAACAGAUGAACACCAGACUUUCCGACAUGAGAAGGACCUCAUUUUCAGUCUGGCUUGCUGCCCACACGACCCAUCGUUGUUGGCUGUAGGGUACAAGUCUGGGAACAUACUUCUGCUGGACAUGUCAUCCCGGGGGUACAUCCAGCACCGUCUGCGUGGUCAUGACGACGAGGUGCACAGUGUUGUCUGGUGCCCUGUGCCCGGGGAGAAUGUGCUGACUGAGGGAGCUUAUUCAGAAGCAGGAGACGACACGGAAGGUUAUCUGCUGGCUUCUGGAUCCCGGGACAGAACUAUACGAAUCUGGAAGUCUAGUCAGGGGAAGCAACUCCAGGUGAAGAAGCUGCCACUGAACACGGGUAACCGGCGUGACAACGCGGACAGUCAAGGGAGGAGCAAGGUGUGGACUUCCCUGUACUGGCCACUGGACCACCCCACACAGCUUGUGUCAUCCUCUUUUGGUGGUGAGCUUGUGAUGUGGGAUCUGUCUCCGGUGGGCCACAAGAGGGAGAUCUUCCAGGCAGGAGACAGUCGCAUCCACUCACGCAUCGUGUUCAACAUCUGUGCAGGGGGAGAGGAGAUGAACACACUGUUCACUGUGGGCAUGGACAGAAUGAUUGUUCUGUGGGACCUCGACCGUCAGUGUUCUGUGUACUCCAUACCAUCACUAGGGGGACAUGUGUACAACAUGGAGACGUCUCCACUUGAUCCUGGACGAGUUGCUGUCGGUGUGGGGGACAACACCAUCCGUGUUUGGAACACCAAUAACAAGGUCAACCCUUUUGAUAUCAACACGUUGUGGCAGGGAAUCAAGUCCAAGGUCACAUCGCUGUGCUGGCAUCCCACAAAGGAAGGGCAGCUUGCAUUUGGCACCGACCACGGCAGUGUCGGCAUCUAUGACGUCAUGACAAACAAACAUCCAAACGUAUCUUCAACGUUUCAUAGAAGAACUGUGUAUGUGGUUGCCUUUGGCCCUGCCUCCAGAUCUGCUGAAGCUGGUGAGUCAUCCUCCCUCAGCCUGUACAGUGUGGGGGACUCGAUGGUGCUGGAACACAGGCCUCAUGCAUUCAACAAGGAUGCUGUGGACAUCAACCAACUCAUUGAACAAGUCAACGGCAAAAGGAGUCACAGCCAGGGUAGAACAGACAUCUGCUGGAAGCCAGACAACUCAGUUGUGGCCAUAGCCAGUGAUGAUGGUUCUGUGGAGAUCUGUCAGUCAGGGACAUUCAAGCUGCUGUGUGUGGUCCAAGUGCACCGCAAGCUUAUCAACUGUCUGAAGUGGCACCCCCAGUUCACAGCGGACAAGCCCCUGGGCUCCGACUGUCGACACUGGCUAGCAUCAGGUGCCAGCGAUGCCCUCGUCAACGUUGUUGACCUGUCCAGUACAUUAGAUUCUGUGUCUGAGGGUGUGGCCAGCCUCACGGACAGCAUCCGCCGGCUGGAGGGGCACAGCAUCAGGGUGACGGCCAUCUCCUGGAACCCCCACGUCGAGGGACAGAUGGUCUCUGUGGGAUAUGACAGUAUGGCCUAUGUGUGGAAUGUGAAGACAGGGGAGGCAAUGUAUCAGUUUGAGGGACACAUUCAGCGCCUCUUGGCGGUGACCUGGAGUGGUACUGACCCCGAUGAGGUCAUGUCUGGAGGGUUUGACUCCAUGCUGCACCGAUGGAAGGUUUCCUCCCUCCCAAAGGCCGUCAUAGAAACAGGAAAGAAAAAGAAGAAGAAGAAGAAAUCUCACAGUGUCAAUACAGACGGUAGUCUGGUGUCCUCCAAAGGAUCAUCUCCUACAGUGUUUGAAGUAGCAGACGUCACAGAAGGUGAGAGCAAUGACAGCUUUGGCAGUGAUGCAAAGGGACAUAACUGGACUGACAAACAGAAUGGACAACCACAAGAAAACUUGAAGGCCACAGAGGGGGACUGGCCAUCUGAAAAUGUGGAUGCAGCAGGGCGCAGUAAACAGGCACAUGAGGGGAAGCGGCCCAAGGAGAGGAAGAAGCUGGACUUCCAGGAUGAGCUGGCUGAGUUGAGGGAGAUGUUGGAGAUGAGGAAGAAACAGAUACUGAAGGAGCAACAGCAGCAACCACAGUCACAGCAGACGUCACAGCCGCUGAAGGCAUCCCAACAGCACAGUAAGUCUCAGCAGAAGGCACCGAGAACAGCUACAAGACAUGAUGGCAGCAUGCAGGAGCUGACACCUGGUGUACAGGAAGAUGGCGAUGAGGAAGGGCUAUCAAGGGAGGAAAACUUGUCCGAUCUUAUACAAGAGGGAUUAACUACAAAUCUGCCGUGGGAGGACACACCGACAUCGCAACGUUGUGUUGAUGAUGCAGAGAAUCGUGAAACUGCGGCAAACAUCCUUGGGACUCAUUACCUGUCAAGCAAGAGCAAAGGAGAUUAUAGCAGUGUUAGAGACACCAGCAGCAAAAGGGAUUCCAGUCUGCGGGAGUCCAGCAUUACAUCCAGAAAGCGCAGGACACGUGCUAAAUCAUUCUUUCCUGUUUCGGCUAAAGAAGAGAAUCGUGGCAAAUCAGCGACAUUAGAAGACUUGUUGUUGUUGACCAGAUUGAAGACUGCAGAUCAGGAUGCAGAUCCCCAUGUCCAGGAUGACGACAGUGUCCAUCUGGGAUUGUUUACUGAUCGCCGGGGAACAUACAGAUGUCUCAACAGAGAAGGCGAGUACCAUCUGAACAAUGACAGCAUGGACUACGCCAUACAGAUGGAGAUAUGGAAGGGCAACAUUGGGGGCGCUCUGCAGAUCGCAACAGAUAGAGAAGAGCUCUCUGAUUGGUUGGUGGGCCUUGCCCCUCUUGCUUCCUACGACACGUGGCUGGGGAUGUGUGAGGAGUACGCCCGGCAGCUGGAGGGGGACGGUCAGUACCACAAGGCCACCUCCUACCUGCUGGCCUGUCACAAGGUGUAUGAAGCCAUCGACCUCUUCAAGCGGCACAGACUAUUCAAGGAGGCUGUGGCACUUGCGCGGAUGAGGUUGUCUCCCCUUGACCCAGUGCUGGAGGACCUGUAUAUGGAGUGGGCGCAGAUGUUAAUGAAAGAUGGCAACUACGAGCAGGCCGCCAAGUGUUACCUGGCUAUGAAGCAGAUCCAGGAUGCUGCCAAUCUGUUGACGAAGAGAACCGACCAAUCGUCCCUCAAAACGGCUACCCACAUGACUUUGUUAGCCAAUGAAAAGCCUCAGGGAUUUCUGUAUGCUCAUAGAUUGGUUCAUCAGUUCAUUGCCAAGGAUGACUGGAAACAGGGCUACAAAUUCCUCAAGGAACAUGAAACACUGAAGAUGUUGCUGCCGUUUGUCAGCAUGCACGAGCUGCUACUGCGGGAACUACAGUCCCUCACCCCGGGGACACUGAGGGAGGUUGACCCCGCCUGCUUCACAGAGUGGGGGGAGGCGCAGACCGGGAAGGCAUUCAUUCCAGAUUUCAUCCUUGAUGUAACUGAAUGUGAUCCUGUGUUGCCAUGGAAACCCUACAUGAUUGGAGAGCACUCCUUCCCACACCAUGUACUGAAGGUCUGGUCUGGUAACCUUGACAUUGGCAUGGACUCUGAGAGCCUCACUCUGACGUACAGGACUCUCCAGCAGCUUCAGUCUGGGAGACAGAGUCACAUCGACCCCCAGCAGUUGAUGUUCCAAGUGUGUAUGGACCUGACAUUGUCCUUGCUGGCCGUGCUGCUGGGUGAAACCGCCUCCGCCAUCAACCACCUGCUACAUGGAGUGUCCACACUGCACACCGUGGGCCAGCUUGACCUCAUGGAGGCGGUGUGUCAGCUCAUGCUGCCCCUGGGUCCCAAGUACCUCCUGAAGCUGCAGCAGGAAGCCACGGCACUGCGAGUCCUCAUCAGCAUGGAGGCCCACCUGGAGGUGGAGGGGUCCGGGAAGGCACCCUCACUCAAACGCUACCUCACCGACAUCAAGGAGGAUGACAGUGUGUCCACCUCGGGGCUCCGCUGUCGGGAGCUAGACUGUCUCCGAGCCUACUACUACCUUGCGAUCCUGCAUUACCUCAAGAACACCAUACUGGAGGAUUCCCUCACUCAAGGUCAGACUGCAGAAGCAUCUGUAGAUGAUGACUUCAAGGUCCAGGCGAAUGUGGAUCUUGAGCAGCUGACUCUUAGAGAGUCGGAUAAUCCAGUUGAAGGUGAAGGUCAGUCUGCAUCAGGUCAAAGUGGCCAGUCUGUUGUUUUAUCUCGCAGUCAGGAUUCCUCCAAGGUUAAAAGUGAAAGUGAACCAGCAAUAUCAAGUGAUGAUCAGGGUCAGUGUAUUGUACAAGGUGAAGGUCAAUCUGUUUCAGUUGGUCAAGGUCAGACAGAUAUUCCAACUGAUUCCAAAGAGAUUUCUGAGGAUGUAAGCAAGGCUAAUGCCGGCUGUGAGAAGGAUGUAAGUGUCUUGGAGGGUGCAAGUGGGACAAAUGUUGAUGGUGCCCAAGGAGGGCAAAGUGCCUUGGAUAAGGAUUCCAUUCCAUCUGAAAGCCAUGACCAAAGGGAUGUAUCCAAAAAGUGCCAAACUGCUGACAGUGUUCAGUUGUUAUCAAUCACCAAACUGAAACAGAUAUCCAGAGGCCUGCUCUGGGAUAUACAGGCCAAAAAGCAUUCUCUUACAGAGACCCUUGGCUACAUUCAUAAAGCCAUCUCCAAACACCUUCUGGCAGACAAAUCCAAGGACCACCAGUCAAGAGUAUUCAAACGAGCUCCUCAACAAGCAGCUGGAGGAGAGAACAAUAACAACGGCUUCAGCAGUAGUGGGGAUGCCACAGAGAACACAGGUUCAAGUCAGGCAGGUGAUGGGGGGAGUGCUCAGGCAGCAUCCCCAUCAUCACCAUCAGCAUCAGCACACUCCACUGUUCCUAAUGGACUCAAGGAUGGUCUUGCUGCAGCAGGAACUGUGGCCAGUCUCUGCAACCCUCUUGAUCCAUCAGACAUUGAGUUAGUGUCAUUUUCUGGAACUGAAACUUUUGCCAAGUCUCGGAAGGUUCUCUGGGAAGAUGAGCCACAUAAUAGUGAGAGUGUGGACUCCCGACCGAGGAAGGCCAGCUGUGUGUUGAAUCCAGCCAAAUACAUCAAUGUGCCGGAUGAGUGGUAUGGAAUGCCAGUAGAUGAGAAGUAUUUCAGGCCCUAUGUUACCAUGGCAGUGCUGAAGGAAGAGCAGGAGUAUGUGAUGCAUGAACUGAAGCGGGUUCCAGACAGCUCUGUGGUUUCUUUUCCCAACCCAUUUGACAGCGUGAAGGUGUUGUUGGAUGUCUGUCGUCUUUGUCCACACCUGGACGGAGACUCAAAGAAUGCAUAUAACAACCUGCUUGUCCUCUGGGCUCUACACUUUGCCGUCACAUCACAUCAGCGUAGGGAGCUCAGCAAGCUCAUCAAGUGUUCACCAGAAAAAGAGAGUCAAGUCUAAGUUCAAGUUAAGAUAGCGUACGCCUUUCAACAUCAAACAGUGCUUUGUAGCAUUCUAGCAAAAUAUCUUGUAUGUAGUAUUUGGAGUAUCAUAUGUCAACAUUGAUCACUGUAUUCAAAGUGGGUGUAUCUGGAGACCUUACAUUAAUCCAAACUUGCAAACAAAUCUGAGACUCAAUCCCAAUAUUGUUGUGAUACCUUACAUGUAAAUGUGAGCUGUUCUUCAACAAGAAGAAGCAGUGACUGUAGACUGUCCUGCUGUUAGGGCCAGACUGGAUACAGAAGUGCAGUCAGAUAACCACAGUGGUAGGUAGUUGUAGGCGUACCUGUACUCACUAACUGGUAUACCCCAGAUCUGUUCCUGUUUCUCCUCAACUAUCCCAUGUAACCUGUCUCCAUUCUAUUACCCUGGACCCAUUCUCCACCGUAGCUUCAGAAGUGACGUCAUCAUAUCAGUUCCCUCAUCACUGACUUACCCCAGAAUUUCUCUCUUCACUGAGCCGGAAGUCAGCAACAAAUCAACAUGCUCUUUCUGAAUGCUGAAAUAUACAUCUACAUUCACAAUUGUGACCUCGUACGAGCGAACCCUUAGUACAUUUGACUCAAUCAGAAGACUGUUUUAAAUGAAGACUUCAAACCUAAUUCAGAAUGAAGCUAUGGUGGCAGAUUGAUCCAGGGUAUUUUUCAUUACAGAAUGAAAAUACAGGAGGAUGGGUCCUGUUCUAAGAAUAUGCUUUUCAUUUAUGGUAGGCCAAAACGUUUUGUUUUUUGAAAAUCGUCUGCUUUGAAAUCCAUAAAUAAACAGCAAACCCUGACAUUGUGCAUGCUGCGUGGAGUUAUGUGGUACGUGCUGUGUAUCACCAGACAUGGUACAAUCUACUCUGACCAGUCUCAUGGUGUCAAGUAUUGUUGUGUACCAGUCUACAGAAGACAUACACAUGAUAAUGUGGGAAAAAGUCUUUUUCAGCAUUUCCCCUUGUCAGUUGCUAAAGUAUGUUACCCAAGUAGCCAUCGUCAGCCUCACUUUGCUUUUUACAUCCACCUGCUUUAUCUUCAGCCUUGUAGUUGAAUGUAAUAUUCCAGCUGUAUCACGACAGCCUGUAAAAAUUGUCUAGAAACAGGGUGGUUUGUUUGUUGUUUAACCCACACAGUCAAUAUUCCAGCUAUAUGACGUCAGUCUCUAAAUGAUCGAGUCUGAACCUAACAAUCCAGUAACUCGACAUCAUGAGCAUCGAUCCACGCAGUUGACCUGCAUCAUCCAAGUCAGCAAGCCUGGCCAACCGAUCCUGUCAGUCGCCUCUUACGACAAGCAAAGUCGCCUUUUAGGGCAUGCUUGGGUUGCUGAAGACCUAUUCUAACCCGGAUCUUCACAGGUUGAGACCAGGCAAACCAGUGAUUGACAGCAUGAGCAACAAUCAAUGCCAUCAGGGCAUGAUGACAUGUUAUCGGCCAAGUCAUCAAACCCAGCCAACUUGUCCUCUGAAGUCUGCUCGUACAACAAGCGAUACUGGGGAACUAGCUAAUCUUAGCCAGAAUCCCCACAAGGCUGUGACAGCAAAGGGGGGUAACUCUCAAUAUGUCAACAGUCAGUUUACCUUGGAAUGGGAGUCAUUCUAUUGUGUUCUUGUUGCUAUUGACUAAACUUCACUUUUGUUCUUCUUUUUGCCUUACUGUAUCAGAUUUCAUCACGCUAAACAAUUCAACCCAUCCUAAAGUAGGGUUUGUUUUGUUGGGUUUUUUUGUGGGUUUUUUUGUGGGUUUUUUUUUUAUUUCUUUGAAAAACAUUAAUUUGCAGAAUGAUAGUAAAAAACAGCUUUCAAAUUCAGAUAAUGACUGUUUUAUCUAUUGUGAAGUGGAACAAAUGUGUGCUAUUUACAUACAAUACAGACAAUACUAGGAUAGUAAUAAGAGCUAUGGUGCAACUCAAAGAAAACCAAUGAAAGUUUCUGGUCUUGGUCUGCCGAUUAUAGACUGAUCAACCAUCAGGAUACCGGGAACACGCACAUAUUAUGGAGAGGCCUCAACGAUGGCAGGCAUACAAAUGAUUCCCAUCCUGCCUUAGUAAAGAAUGACAUACCGGGUCCAUUACCAUAGUGAACCCCUAUCCUGCAAUACUUCAUAGGCCAAUGUUGAUGUAUGGCAGAAAUACAAGUAGUUCUGAUAAGGACAUGUUUCUGGUUUAUCUGACAAAGAAACGUCUACCAUAAAUGGCAUUGUUGAUUUGAUUGUUAUUUGUGUUUUUUUCUGUUAUAAUGGCAUAAUCUUCAGGUGUGCUUCCCUUUUGUCUCUUAGUCUGGCUGCCCAUGUGUAGAUUCAGACCUGAUGAUUUGGGACAAUCACGCAGCAGUUGCAUGUUUGAUCUCUUCACAUCUCAUUGCCUCUCUCUGUUGAUAAUGACCUGUAUUAUUUCUGACAUAUUUCGAAGACAGUCCCAAGAUCGGCUGGUCUUUAACUCUUGAUAUUCUCACCUAGAUUAUGAUAGUUGGUUUCUAAGCACCUUACCCAUGAUCGUAGUUUUCAUGAAAAUUUACACAUCUGUGAUCUGCAUCACUCUGGGCUGCCGUCUUACACUCAGAUGCCUUAGUCGAACUGUAAAGAUUAAAGACCAACUGAUUCACUUAUCUUCAGUAAAAAGUCUUUAGGAUUUCACCAUGUCAGUGGUAUUCACACAAACCUGUACUGGAUCCAGUAUAGUUACCUCAGUUGGACUAAAUUUUCAUGAAUUUAGGUACAAUUGGCAUCUAUAAAACAUAUUUAACAAAGUACAUGCUGGAAGUUUUUUAAGAAACAUUGAUUUGUUACAAAUUGUUUUGUCAUUUAGACUAUUUGUCAAAAUUAGAAUAAAAGAUUUCAAAACUCACAAUCUACAUAAAGUCAAUCAGUCACAAAGCACAGUACAGUUUCUACACAUCACAGAAUUUGCAGUUUCUCCAGUGAUGGGGCAGUUGGUUUGCAGUACGAUCUUAAUGGAGUCAGUCUUGUGUUCUGAGGUUCAGGGUUGGGUCACUCAGGCUGUUGGCUUACAGCUUCAGGAUUAUUCUAGCCUUGCACAGUCGGGUAAUGAAAGCUGUAGUGUGGCAUCCUGGCUUUGUGAAAGUUGUAGUGUUGUAGUUUUUAGUGUGGCAUCCAAGGUUUGUGAAAGCGUAGUGCUGGAUCCAAGGUUUGUGAAAGCUGUAGUGCUGCAUCCAAGGUUUAUGAAAGUUGUUGUGUUGUUUCCAAGGUUUAUGAAGCUGCAGUGCUGCAUCCAAGGUUUAUGAAAGCUGCAGUGUUGCUUCCAAGGUUUAUGAAAGCUGUUGUGUUGUUUCCAAGGUUUAUGAAGCUGCAGUGCUGCAUCCAAGGUUUAUGAAAGCUGUAGUGUUGCAUCCAAGGUUUAUGAAGCUGUAGUGUUGCAUCCAAGGUUUAUGAAAGCUGCAGUGUUGCUUCCAAGGUUUAUGAAAGCUGCAGUGUUGCUUCCAAGGUGUAUGAAAGCUGUAGUACUGCAUACUAGUAUAAUGAAAGAUGUAAUGUUGUGGCCUAGAUUUAUGAAGACUGAAGUACAACAAUAAAUUACAGAACCAUUACACUAAUAGAAUGCCCUAUAAUGAAGUAAGUUAGACAGAUUUAGUUAACAGUGGCAAUUGAAGAUUUCUUUAUAUUCAUUGAAACAAAGGAGAGGUAACACUCUUCCAAGAGACCGACUGGAAUCAGUUGGUGUGAAAUGCCCCUUUUGUUAGUCAAGGGAGACAACUCUUAUAGCCAUGUGGGCUGUACAGUGACAGUUGGACAGGCUAACAACUGUGCACAAUACAUGUAACAGAUUCACCAGAGGUACUGGAUGGACUGAGGAUGUUAUUAAACACUGUGCUAUUUGUGAGAUAUGUUACUCUACAGAAGAAAAAAUAUUAGUGUCAGGUGAUUUUGUCUAUUUUUGUGUGAAAGAAGUCAUGCUGGCUGAUUUUCUGUUUGUAUUCAAAAUGUGUUUUGGAUUUUUUCAACUGUUUUGUUGAUUUGUGCAUCAAAGUGCUAGGCCAGUUGUGAUACUUUUUGUGGAGUUUAGCUUUUCCGUUUCCAAUGUAGUGUUUCAUGCAUUGUCCUUGAUGUCACCCGUGGUUGACCUUGACAUUAUCAAUGUGAGCUUGUGUCUUUAGCCCUGUCUGUCCACCAUCUGCCAGCACUGACUUUAACAUUUGUUCUCCCCAAACCACUGAGCAUGUCAAUAUCGUAUUUACACAUGUGGAACAUGAAAAUUUCAGUAGCAGUCAUGACAGGUCAUAAUUAUUACAGAAGUAUCUGUGACAAUUGGAAACACUCUUUGAAAGUUUCCUUUCUUUAAUAUCCAACCAACAGAGCCAUAGUUUUCAGUUUUUCAGAAAUAUUGUUUAUUGCAUUUGAAAAUAUUGCAAAAUGGACUUUAGAGCAUUGUCAUUCAAGUGUUGAAGUACUCAAUGAAGGUGAGAUUCUGUACCUUGGGUACGCUGGUUUUGUUAGCUAUUUUUGAAAAAAAUAAAUUCUUUGUGAGGAAAAAAUAUACUGUGACUUCCAAGAAUUGUAUGAAUGUUGCUUUGAUGAAGACAAAGAUGGAGGAAGUGUAAUGGCAUUUCCUUUUGCUGAAGUUGACAGGGAACAAGUAUAUUAAAACCACAUUACUUUUCUCCAAUGAACUUAUUCUGUAUCUACCAAAGAACUUGAUCAUGUCAUUGUCACCGAUGUAUUUUAUCAGUAUUGUUUCAUGUGUAGAUUUAAUGGAGUCACAUGAUAAUCCCAGCUCAUGACUUGGAUGAAACGGAACCAAUGUUUGAGGACUAGGCUUGACAGAAAUACAUGGUUAUUUCAUUGAAGGAAUGUGCAUUCACCAGUUGACUUUUUCACCCAGCUAGGACUGUAUGUAAACUUUGCCUCAAAGUGUUUUGAAAAGAUCAAAGCAUUGCCUUCUGUUUUCUGCUUCUGUGUGCUGCUCAUGUUGACAGUGCAAUGCCAAUGAACAGAAGAUGGGUAAAGUAUUUCUGUGUCACUAUUGUUUGACAAAGUAAAAAUACAAGAUUUAUGAUUGUUAAAUUUGUGAAUAAAGAAAAUUACUGAUAA